AUGUCAUCGCCACGACCUACCUCAAGACGCAUUCGAACAAUCAGUUGGGCGGAUCAGAUUCCAAAGCAAGCCGCAAAGUCACCGCCUCCAUCAUCUUAUCUCGACGUCGGAGAGGCGCAAACGAAGCACGGCUCCGAAAUCGCACCACUGUUUGCUCAAGAAGACUUCGACAGCUCCCCAAGUAGCUCGACACUCUCCCUCAACUCGCAUUUCUCUUCUAGCCCACACCUCCCCACACAACCUCCCACACACCAACCCGACACCGCUAACGCCAUGCCUACCAGUAUGCGCGACCUCUCGCCAUUCAAGGGUAAACCCCUCUGGGAACCCGACGACGAUGAAUGGGCCGAGUUGGACGCCAGCCACAUCUCCUCCACUUUCAAAGCGACCUUCAAAGAACCCAGCCAACACAGUCCGGAAAAGUCGACAAACACCAGCACUCUAUCCCGCUUCAGUGCCACACUGACAUCCUUCAUCCCCUCCUCCCCAACAAAACGCGCUUCAGAAGCCCUCCUCCGCGAAGAAGAAGCCCUGCGAGACAGACUGGAAGAACUGCAAAACACAUACUACUCCAACCCUGCCGGCGACAUUUGCGACAAAGUCAUGACCUCUGUCUUCUUGCCCGGCUCCCAGUACUUCCACCACAAUCAGAGCAGAGAAUCCGUCCGCGCUCCUCACGUCAUCGACCUGGAAGCUUAUUUCCACACUCAAGACCCGCUGGUCGGAACCGCGUACCCGCGUCUCAGCGACGCCGUUGCAACGAUCCUCAGUCACACGGGUAAAGAAUGUGUAGAAGCGUUCCUAGAUCCGCGGGUGGAGGAGUUCGUGUACAGACGGGAAGCAGGCUCCUACCGCAACCUAGGCUUCUCCCUCUCCUGGACCCUCUACGUCAAAGCCAUGAUCGGCGCAACAGGACUAUGGUACGACAUUUAUGCUUCACCCGUAGCAGGCUCGACUCCGAUCGUCGAUGGUGUACCGGCUUGGGAUACUUUUGUACCCAUCGGGACUGAAGACCCAUGUCUCUCCCUCCAAUUGUCAUCCUUAUCUGAAGCGACUCAGCUCGCCACAUCACCCCGCAAGAUUAUCUUAGCCAGUCCUCGUCCGCAGAAGAAAGAUGUAGAGGAAGAAGAUGAAAUCAGUCCUACAAAUGAGAGGUUCGUGCUGUAUCAGAGUAGGAUGCUUGCGAGGUAUUUGUUGAGGGAUGUUUGGGUUAGGCUGGAGGGGCGGUAUGAGUGUAAGGCUAUGUGGGAGGUUGAUGGGGUGGGGAGGGAGGUCAGGCUGAGGCGGGCGUUGGUGGGGUUUGGGGAUGAGGAUGAUGAUGAGUAG